CUGCCUAAGAUUUCUAGCUAGAAUAGGAACGCGCAGCAAAUAUACAUUCUAGUUUAAUGCAGUAUGAAUGCCUCAUCAUUCCCUCAAGCAUCUGAAUACUGAAUACGGAAUUACCAAAUAAAUCUUAGGUAUACACCGAAUAGAAGUUACUUGAAUUUUUCUGCAUUUGGGACCAUCUAGUAUAAGGUUCUGACUGAUUGGACUGGUGGUCCCCAAAGCAGAUCAACUCAAACUAUCCGAAAUUAAAAACAAAAUUAAUGGCCCCGUCUAGCGUCCGGUGGUAUUUCAAUUUGUCGAAAUGGUCUCCGACCUAUCAAGAGCUGUUGCUUGCCACGGCUUGCAUUCAGCCGGAAGAAAAGCUGCGAUUGGGCAAGUUUGUGUUCAAGAAGGACUUCAAAUCAUCGUUGAUCGGCAGAUUGAUGAUGCGUAAAUUUGUGUCUGAGAGCUGCGGUCUGAAUUAUGCGGCAUUGAGGUUCAGCAGGCAGGAAAAGGGUCGCCCAGGGUUGGAGACGCCGGAAAAAGUCUCCUUCAAUGUGUCCCACCACGGGGACUAUACGGUUCUUGCAGGUGAAUUGGGUGAUGCGUUACUAGGAGUGGACGUGAUGAAGCUGGAGUAUACUGGCGGCAAGCCGCUUAGUGAGUUCUUCAGGAUAAUGAACCGGAACUUCUCCACUCUGGAGUGGAGGCAGAUUUAUGCGCCAAAAUCCCCAGCGGAGCAGCUGAACAUGUUCUGUAGACUGUGGGCGUUGAAGGAAAGCUACACUAAAGCCAUUGGCCUGGGAAUCACCAUGAAGCUGAGCGAGAUCAGCUUCAAAAUUUCAUCCCCUUUGACCAAAGAGCGGUUCACUUGCGACAGUAAACUCUUCGUGGAUGGUGAGGAAUUGACUGGGUGGGCGUUUCAUGAAGUCCUACUGGAUGACUUUCAUUGCGUGGCAGUGGCAACCGAUAGGCCGGUGGAUGAGGUGCAAUUUAAAGAACUGGACUUUAGUGAGCUAGUUCGGAAUGCUGAAGCUUUUCAGCCUCCAGACGAGAGUUACUGUUUGGAUUAUUUCAAGAAGGCUGAAAAGCCCUGUUAGGAUUUUUACUGCUUCAUUAAACUAGAAUGUAUAUUGGCAUAGGGAAAUAGCCGGGUAGUUAAUAUCUAUUGAUUAUCCCGUUUGUUCGGUAGGUACCUGUUUCAGAGUGGCACAGUAAAUCUAGAUUGCAUGUUCAGUGUUUUUAGUUAUGCAGACGUAUUUUUGCAUGAUUUCGCAUUUUUAUGGCCGAUUUGCGUGGAAUAAGUUUUCGUUUUCUUAGGAUUUCUGUUUAAUUGAUUCGAAUACAUUUUACGGGCGUGUAUCAAUAAUGAUUUAAAGUGUGCGGAAGUUUGGCAAAAAUCCUGAUCAAACUUUCUCCAGUUUAUACCCUAGAAAUACUUUGGGAAAUGUGAAUAGAGCCUUGAAAACUUAUGGUUUAUUGGCCAGUUUAUGUGCACAGAUUGAUCUGUUUCAUUUAAUCUUACCAACAAGGGUUUUAAGUUAUAUUGAAUUUUGGAGAAAACAAUUUGUUCGUGUAAACCCAAAAGGCGUCGGAGAAAAUUCUCUUCAAAUUUGGUUUAAAUAGUUGGUUUUUAAGUCCUAUACUAUAGUUGCCGCAUUAUAUUUUUGGUUGUAAA